AGCUCCCUUGGGGCCAUGCGCAGCCUUUACCCUCCUCCACCCUGCCCCCCUCCCCGGACGCAGGAUGUUGCAGUGUUGAGCAAGGCAGAGACAGACGGGAACAGAGUCCACACGCAGUUGGAAAGGCCUAGGAGUCAGGGCAGCCACUGGGGUGCAGACAUGGCCACAAAGGGGUGCCUCAGUGUUACCAAGUAUUUCCUCUUCAUCUUCAACAUCAUCUUCUUUCUCCUGGGCAGCCUUCUCUUUGGCUUUGGCCUCUGGAUCCUUUUUGAUGGGAGCAGCUUUGCAGCUGCGUUGGGCACCUCUAUCUAUGGGCUUAAGGUCUGGUCCUACAUACUGUCUGGAGUCGGCAUCAUCACUAUGUUCAUCGGCUUCCUCGGAUGCCUGGGUUCCCUCAAAGAGAUCAAGUGCAUGUUGGGAUUUUAUUUUGCAAUCCUCUUUCUCCUCUUUGUCACCCAAAUCACUAUCGGGAUCAUCGUAUAUGUGCAGCGUGACAUGCUCGGUACCAAGGUGGAGAACUAUGUCAAAAACCUGAUCAAGACAUACGGGGAAAGCAAAACCCGUGGGGACGGGCAUGAUAGCUGGGACUAUAUCCAGGAGCAGCUGCAUUGCUGUGGCUGGGACUCCUACAUUGACUGGAAGCUGAAUGAGGAUGUACAAGCCAAUGCCUCCUCCAGCCUCUACCCCUGCUCCUGCAGCAACACGUCCACCCUGGGGCUCAACACCACCCAUUUGGAGAAUGGCUUCUGCUCCUUCCAGAAUGACUUGGGGCUCUUCAUGGAUGGCUGCUCCAGGAGCGUCAAGGCCUGGCUGGCUGAUAACAUCAUCACCAUCGUGGGCAUCUGCCUGGGCGUGGCACUCUUGGAGAGAUGUGCAUCUGGACUAUUAUCAAGGUCUGUCUCAUGUCGCUGUCGAUCUUUCUGUGUAGAAACAUGGACCAGAACUACGACAAGCUUGUCCGCUACUCUUAGGAGUACCCCAAGAUGGGAGCACCCCACAGCACCCCCCACCCCUCAAACCAGGAUCAUCUGGACUGAGAUGACACCAGGCUCUCUCUGGGUCUGCUGGGGGCUGGUUCCCUGCUGUCCUCCCACCCUGAGUCUGAGCUGUGCUCACCCCUCAGGCAGUGGCUUGGGUUGCUGUUUCUUUCACCCUCAGGCAGUAGUUUAGGGUGCUGCCUGUAUGUAGAAUUGGGAAUGGGGGGCAGGGCAGGGUGGGUCUUGGCAGCAAGGGUGGGAGCUGGGGGGAUUUGGGGUGGCACUGACUGGUCUUCCCUGGUGGGGACAGUGAUUGGGGACUAAUGGGGGCAUUAAUGGGGUCUGAGUGGGGGAGACGGAGUGAAUUUCCCUUUUUCCCUCUCUCUUUCCCAGCACAGAGCAGGGGAGACCAUGAGGGGCUUGGAUUCUGCCCCUGGCAGGCCCUCCCAGCCAGAUCUGCCCCUAGAGGCCCUCACUUGUCCCCUCCUCAGGGGCAAAUUUCCAUUUCUAUUUUUGUAAAAGUCCCCUUGUAAAUAAAAUAAUUAAAUUAGGUCAGAACUCCCCAAAA